AUGGCGACCAUCGAUGACGGCUUCAAACAGGUCUUGGACGAUUUCAAGAAGCGGCUCAAGCCAGAAGAGAAAGCAGCGUUUGCCGGUACCACGCUUUUUGACCUGCAAAAUGAGGCCAACAACCUUCAAGAAAAGCAGAGGAAAAGCAAGACGGCACAGAACCUCAGAAGGAUCGACCCAUUUCUUCAAGCCAUGGCGCAAUACACAGAAGUCAUUGAAGUGUUCCUGAAUACGUCCUCUAUUCUGUGCUUUGUUUGGGGACCGAUGAACAAUUUAAGUAGCGCAUUUGAUGUUUUACUUGAUGCGUAUAAACAAAUCGCUGAAAAUUUUCCGUUGCUACUGAAGUAUCGCUCCAUGUUCACAGAGAAUGAGCACAUGAAAAAGGUUCUGGUCUGGAUAUAUGAAGACAUAUUGAAAUUUCAUCUCCGUGCUUGGCGGGUGUUUUCGGAACCUGCAUGGAAACAACUCUUCACAGCCUCAUGGAAAAACUUCCAAGAAAGCUUCAAGCCAGUUCUGAAUGAUCUCAUUCGUCAUCGGGAAUUGAUCGAAAGUACUGCCGGCCUCGAGCAGAUUCAGGAAGCCCGUGACGCACAACUCCGAUCUGAAGCCGCUUUUGCCGCCUUUGAGCUGGAGCAAAACCAUAUGAAGCGAAUUGCUGUCACCAAUUGGCUUUCUGCUCCCGAUGCCGAUGCCGACCAAGUUGCAUUCUCUGCAGCAAGACAAGAUAUCCCAGGCACUGGCCGAUGGAUCUUAGAGCAACCGGACAUCAAGACCUGGUUAGACCGCAGCCAAAAGACAGUUCCAAUGAUCUGGUUAAACGGAAAGCCAGGAGCAGAAUGCUUGAGAAUUAUUCAGUCGUCGACGGACAUCUCAUUAGCAUUCUUCUACUGCCGAGAUCAAGAUGGACAGAGGAACAAAUUUGCCUGCGUUGCCAAGGCAAUGCUAGCUCAAUUGCUUUGUCAAAACCCAAGCCUCCUGCCAUACCUCUAUGACGAGUGUCUAAAAAGUACGAAAGUGACACUGGCGUCACCACAGGAUUGUAUCAAAGUGUUAGGUACUGUUCUUCAAGCAAUGCCGCAGACCUUCCUCAUAAUCGACGGCAUUGAUGAAUGUGAGCCGAAGGAAAGAAAGGUGAUACUUAGCUUCUUUACAUCAAUGAUCACCAGUGACGAUAUUCCGGAAGGAAAACUCCGUGGUUUGUUUGUCAGUCAGGAACUUGCUGAUAUAAAGGCUGCACUACACGUGGCAGACUCUGUUAGUUUGACGAAGAAUCACGGUGAGGUUGACAUCAAGAACUUCGCUGUGAAAUGGGCUAUGAAAAUCCAACAGCGCUUCAAGUUGAUGGAAGACUCCGCAAGAGAAUACAUUGUCAAGUUGGUCAGCGAUGGCGCUGAAGGGAUGUUUCUCUUUGCGAGACUCGUAUUGGAAAAUCUUCACGACCAAGAGAGCUUGCAAAAUGUCUAUAAGGAGCUGCACCCCGAUACUUUCCCCAGAGGAUUUGACCAAGCGUAUGCUCGCAUAGCUGGUAGAAUAUUCGAAAACCCGAACCUGGCCCGACGGAGGACCGCACAGAAGCUCCUUGGCUGGAUCUCUUUCAGUAAGCGGCCAUUAAAGUGGCACGAAAUCCAAGGAGCAACCUCUAUCGAUGCUCAAGAUCGUAUUGUCAAUUUUGAAGGCCGUCAGAUGCCUGAUCACGUACGAGAUAUCUGCGGGUCACUAAUAGAUAUCCUUCCUGGCAACCGGACUCGCAGCUACCUACUCCACGAAGACCACCUUGACAGGCAGAAAGAGGAGACCCAACUUGCUAUCCUAUGCAUGCAAUAUCUGACAUUUGGUUGCUUUGAGACCGAUAAAUCCCCAGAUGACCUUGUUCAGUUCAUCAAAACCGGCCACUACGCUUUCCUUGACUAUGCAAGCCUGCAUUGGCUACAUCAUUUGGAGACGGUCCUGGUGUUGCUCAAAUCCGCAGAUCUAGCCAGCUCAACAGACCUGGGUAUGGCUAUCAACGAGUUUUUCGAGAUGUAUGAGCCAGGCCAAAUUCACGCACCUAAAAUACAAAAGGAGUACCUAGAGCGAAGCUCUGGAAUCCAGGAUGCAGAGUGUUAUGAGCCUUUGUUGCUACUAAUAACACAGGCUAAAGCGAGUCGCAUUGCGGAAGAGAAGCUGGAAGCACUUGGCGCUCUCGGCCAAACGCUCACCAAGGUCAGAGCCACACUCGAGGAGCUGAGCAAACCCCCAAGUCCGAAUUCAGGUUCAACUGAUCCCCUCGCCGAGAGUUCCGAGCAGAGUUUAUCUCAAUUCUAUGGCGACAAAUGGUUCAAAUGCGCCCGGCACGCAUGCUAUUAUUUCCAUGAAGGCUUCGCCACCGAAAGAGAUCUAAGACAACACACCGACCGCCACGAAAAACCCUUCUGCUGCACGGAAAUGGGCUGCACACGGAUGUACAUCGGGUGGGCCACGGACAAGGAACUGAAGAGACACAUGAGCCAGUAUCAUCCAGACCCAGAAGCAUUCUCGUGGAAAUUCCCACAUGUGAAAAAACCUCCUUCUAAGUACCAGUGCAGUGUUUGUGAGAAGAGUUAUAGCAGGGCGAAUUCGCUGAAUACGCAUCAGUUGAGGGAACAUGCGAAGGAGAGGCCAUUUGCGUGUACAGUGUGUGGGAAGGGGUUUGUGAGAAGGUAUGAGUUGGAGAGGCAUGAGGGGAUACAUAGGAAUAAGAGUGCGUCGAGCUCGCAGCGAGAGGGAGAGGCCGUAUUGGGAGAAAGUGGCAAGGAGUAG